AUGUCUGGCGCCACUGUUGUCCUCACGUGCCUGGCGCCUCUGUUGUCCUCACGUGUCUGGCGCCACUGUUGUCCUCACGUGCCUGGCGCCACCUUCAGGAUAUCCGAUCCUGCUUCAGCCCUUCAGGAUAUCCGAUCCUGCUUCAGCCCUUCAGGAUAUCCGAUCCUGCCCCAGCCCUUCAGGAUAUCCGAUCCUGCUCCAGCCCUUCAGGAUAUCCGAUCCUGCUCCAGCCCUUCAGGAUAUCCGAUCCUGCUUCAGCCCUUCAGGAUAUCCGAUCCUGCUUCAGCCCUUCAGGAUAUCCGAUCCUGCUUCAGCCCUUCAGGAUAUCCGAUCCUGCUUCAGCCCUUCAGGAUAUCCGAUCCUGCUCCAGCCCUUCAGGAUAUCCGAUCCUGCUUCAGCCCUUCAGGAUAUCCGAUCCUGCUCCAGCCCUUCAGGAUAUCCGAUCCUGCUUCAGCCCUUCAGGAUAUCCGAUCCUGCUCCAGCCCUUCAGGAUAUCCGAUCCUGCUUCAGCCCUUCAGGAUAUCCGAUCCUGCUCCAGCCCUUCAGGAUAUCCGAUCCUGCUUCAGCCCUUCAGGAUAUCCGAUCCUGCUUCAGCCCUUCAGGAUAUCCGAUCCUGCUUCAGCCCUUCAGGAUAUCCGAUCCUGCCCCAGCCCUUCAGGAUAUCCGAUCCUCCUCCAGCCCUUCAGGAUAUCCGAUCCUGCUUCAGCCCUUCAGGAUAUCCGAUCCUGCUUCAGCCCUUCAGGAUAUCCGAUCCUGCUUCAGCCCUUCAGGAUAUCCGAUCCUGCUUCAGCCCUUCAGGAUAUCCGAUCCUGCUUCAGCCCUUCAGGAUAUCCGAUCCUGCUUCAGCCCUUCAGGAUAUCCGAUCCUGCUUCAGCCCUUCAGGAUAUCCGAUCCUGCUUCAGCCCUUCAGGAUAUCCGAUCCUGCUUCAGCCCUUCAGGAUAUCCGAUCCUGCUUCAGCCCUUCAGGAUAUCCGAUCCUGCUUCAGCCCUUCAGGAUAUCCGAUCCUGCUCCAGCCCUUCAGGAUAUCCGAUCCUGCUCCAGCCCUUCAGGAUAUCCGAUCCUGCCCCAGCCCUUCAGGAUAUCCGAUCCUGCCCCAGCCCUUCAGGAUAUCCGAUCCUGCUUCAGCCCUUCAGGAUAUCCGAUCCUGCUUCAGCCCUUCAGGAUAUCCGAUCCUGCUCCAGCCCUUCAGGAUAUCCGAUCCUGCUUCAGCCCUUCAGGAUAUCCGAUCCUGCUCCAGCCCUUCAGGAUAUCCGAUCCUGCUUCAGCCCUUCAGGAUAUCCGAUCCUGCUCCAGCCCUUCAGGAUAUCCGAUCCUGCUUCAGCCCUUCAGGAUAUCCGAUCCUGCUCCAGCCCUUCAGGAUAUCCGAUCCUGCUUCAGCCCUUCAGGAUAUCCGAUCCUGCUUCAGCCCUUCAGGAUAUCCGAUCCUGCUUCAGCCCUUCAGGAUAUCCGAUCCUGCCCCAGCCCUUCAGGAUAUCCGAUCCUCCUCCAGCCCUUCAGGAUAUCCGAUCCUGCUUCAGCCCUUCAGGAUAUCCGAUCCUGCUUCAGCCCUUCAGGAUAUCCGAUCCUGCUUCAGCCCUUCAGGAUAUCCGAUCCUGCUUCAGCCCUUCAGGAUAUCCGAUCCUGCUUCAGCCCUUCAGGAUAUCCGAUCCUGCUUCAGCCCUUCAGGAUAUCCGAUCCUGCUUCAGCCCUUCAGGAUAUCCGAUCCUGCUUCAGCCCUUCAGGAUAUCCGAUCCUGCUCCAGCCCUUCAGGAUAUCCGAUCCUGCUUCAGCCCUUCAGGAUAUCCGAUCCUGCCCCAGCCCUUCAGGAUAUCCGAUCCUGCCCCAGACCUUCAGGAUAUCCGAUCCUGCUCGAGACCUUCAGGAUAUCCGAUCCUGCUCCAGACCUUCAGGAUAUCCGAUCCUGCUCCAGACCUUCAGGAUAUCCGAUCCUGCUCCAGCCCUUCAGGAUAUCCGAUCCUGCUUCAGCCCUUCAGGAUAUCCGAUCCUGCCCCAGCCCUUCAGGAUAUCCGAUCCUGCCCCAGCCCUUCAGGAUAUCCGAUCCUGCUUCAGCCCUUCAGGAUAUCCGAUCCUGCUUCAGCCCUUCAGGAUAUCCGAUCUUGACCCAGCCCUUCAAGAUAUCCGAUCUUGACCCAGCCCUUCAAGAUAUCCAAUCCUCCUCCAGCCCUUCAAGAUAUCCAAUCCUCCUCCAGCCCUUCAAGAUAUCCAAUCCUCCUCCAGCCCUUCAAGAUAUCCAAUCCUCCUCCAGCCCUUCAAGAUAUCCAAUCCUCCUCCAGCCCUUCAAGAUAUCCAAUCCUCCUCCAGCCCUUCAAGAUAUCCAAUCCUCCUCCAGCCCUUCAAGAUAUCCAAUCCUCCAGCCCUUCAAGAUAUCCAAUCCUCCUCCAACCCUUCAAGAUAUCCAAUCCUCCUCCAGCCCGUCAAGAUAUCGAUUACGAUCUUCCAGAAACAGAAAUGUCCCACGAGAUUCCAGUCAUCAAUUUUGUAUCGCUGGCCUUU